CUAGCUAGGUUACAAUACUUAAAUAGUGAUCUGUGGUUACAAUUUCCCUGGAUUGGAAGGCAGCCCCGAAGUGUUAAUAAUUUGGUAUUUCAUUGUAAUUUAAAGCAGCAGAGAGAAAAGUUGAGAAUUUAUUCUGCGAUGAACCUCAAUAUUGCUACGUUGGGAAAAUUUAUCUGGAAGUCACAGAUCGUCGCAGGAUAUGGGUACCAACAAGUACGAAAUAAAUGGGCCAAUUGGCUUAUGAUAAGAGACGUAAAGCGGCGACGUAUGAGCGCCGAAAACUUUCUUGAAAGGACUCGAAUAAAUGCUAUGAGGAGGAAUGAUGUUUUGCCUGUGGAAGUCCGGGAAUUGGCUGACAAAGACAUAAAUAAAUUUGAAUUGAAUGCUACCCCUCUAAGGAUAAAUAAUAGAUGUGUUGUGACAUCAAGGCCUCGAGGGAUUGUAAAGGAAUGGAGAAUGAGUCGUAUUGUGUGGAGACAUCUGGCAGACUAUAAUAAACUUUCUGGAGUGCAAAGAGCUAUGUGGGGUUAAUGUUUUGAAGUUGGAAAUAAAUAACAUUUAUAUGGAUAUAAUAGAUAUGUUGAAAAAAUCAGAGAUGUGACAUUUUACAAAUGAAAGUAUUUAAAACAGAAAAUACCUAUAUCCAUUUUGUAUUUAAAUAAUUUUUAUAAUGUAUUUUGCACAUCUCUGGAAAAAUAAACAAGUAUGGAUUUACAUCACAUUUCUCUAAUAUUGUUUUUAUUUCCUAACUAGUUCUACAAAACGGUACUUCAUAUUUUGAAUGGGACUAAGUACUUCGUUAAGAAAUAAAAUUGGCGAGUCUCAGCCUGAACAAACUUUUUAUUUAUUUAAAUAAGUCCUGUGAAUAUUGUUUUUAUCAAGACUGUUCAUACACUGUAAAAACUGUUCACAAAUAAAAAAAAAGGCUACCUACUUUUGACUUCAUAUUUGCUCUGAUGUCAGGCAUUCCGUGUUCCGUGUGCUCCAUCUGCCUUUUGUUCUUUAAUCCCAGAUCAUGCCAGAAUUGACACCAAUGUCAACUAUAGGACUAGUUUAAAAUUACUAAUUAUUGAAGUAGUAAAUAAAGGUUUCAAUAGUUCCUUCAGAACUAACUAUGUAGAUACAGAGAUAUUAUUUUUCUAAAAAGUAUAAUCCUCCAGAUAUACGGUGAAUGUUUGUAAAAACUUGUUAUGCAGAACUAGAGUAAAAUAAGAUCAAUGAACUAAGUUAAUAAAUAAAACUGUAAACUUGUUUUUAUUUUUAUAUUAAGGUUUCCUUAAAACUAAAAGAACUUCAUAAAGCUCAACUUGGAAUUUUGCUUUAAAAUAAAGCUUUUUAGUCAAAA